GGUCUGUCAAAAUUAGUUUUUUUUUUUUUUUUCCCUUAUAGCUUUUUAUAGCCAUUUUUGUUUCAAAAUUUCAUCCUUUUAUAAUUUUGUUCUUAUCCUUCCACUUUGAACCUCAAAAUCUCAAACACCCAGAAGCAGAUCUUUGUUGGGUUAUAUGCAAAAACCCGAUGCUACUCUAAAGUAAGCAACUUUAUUUCUAAUUUCACCAGCAAUGGCCUCUCGUUUGCAGUCAACUACUUUAUUAUUCAUCUUCUUCAUUACAUUGAUUCUUAUCCCAACUAGACACGCUAUUCCCUUCAUCGUAUUGCACGGCAUUGGUGAUAAAUGCAGUAACCGAGGAAUCUCCGAGUUUACCGAGGUUUUAAGCGACUGGUCUAAAUCUCAAGGCUACUGUGUUGAAAUUGGAGAUGGAUCCUGGGAUUCAUGGACAAUGCCCCUUUCAGAACAGACAUCGAUUGUUUGUGAGAAGGUGAAAAAAAUGAGCGAACUUAGCAACGGUUACAACAUAGUUGGACUCUCUCAGGGUAACUUGAUUGGUCGAGGGGUUAUUGAAUUUUGUGAUGGAGGACCCCCUGUCAAGAAUUUCAUAUCAUUGGGAGGACCCCAUGCUGGUACUGCAUCAAUUCCAUUUUGCGGAUCUGCUGUGAUAUGCAUACUGCUUGAUAGCUUAAUCAAGUUCGGAAUCUAUAGUGACUAUCUCCAGGAACACUUGGCUCCCAGUGGUUAUCUUAAAAUUCCAACAGACAUGUCGGACUAUCUUAAAGGAUGUAGAUUCCUCCCAGAACUCAACAAUGAAAUCAAUGGUAUGAGAAAUUCUACUUACAAGGAACGGCUUGCAAGUUUACAGAAUCUGGUGCUUAUAAUGUUUGAGGACGAUACGGUUUUGAUACCAAAAGAAACAGCCUGGUUCGGUUAUUUUCCAGACGGGGCUUUCGAACCUGUAUUGCCUGUACAAGAGACCAAGCUCUAUAAGGAAGAUUGGAUCGGUUUGAAAACUUUGGAUGAAGCUGGAAAAGUUAAAUUCGUAAAUGUCUCGGGUAAUCACCUACAAAUCUCGACAAGCGACAUGAAGAAGUUCAUGGUACCAUAUUUGGAGGACCAAACACUUGCACCAACAAGGCAGACACCGACAGAAGCUUCAUCGUAUCAAUGGAUUUCAAAAGUCGGGCACUUUUUUAAAGACUUAAUUGGCCUGAGCGAAGAUCAACCUUUGCUGCAUACUGUGUACUAAAACUGUAACUUUCUUGGGGUACAAUCCACGUUAUUAUUGGUUUUAUGCCACUAUUAUUACCAUAUAUGUGAAAGAUUUUGACGUUCUUAUCAUUUUAUGAUUAUGAUAAUAAUGACUUUCGUACAAA